GUGCUCCUUCUCCUUGCCUUGUAGGCUCACACUGAGCCUCGUAAACGAGCCUUCAAUCGUGCCUGCCGACGCGCGGCUGCCAGUCCACUUCUUGGUACUCACUAUCGUGGUCGAUGGUGUAGUGUUAAGGAUCUACUUGGCAAACGUCGGACGCCCCCGGCGCAGGUGGCGUAUGCGGAACUUCUUCAGAAGGGUGCAACAUGUUAGACUGACUCUUGAUGGUGCCAUUGUUGAUGUUGUCAACAUUUACCAGAAAAUUAUGACGACCUCCCUUGCUCCAGCAGAGAAAGGUUCUGUUCUGGGCACUACGGCGCGCACUAUUCGGCGCGAGGAUGUGAACGAGUUAGCUGACAUCAUUGCCGAUCAUGAUCUUCUUCAUCUCAACUCGUGGACCAGGGCCGGUCACAUGGCCCCUCUUCAAGUGGAGGCAAGGUCUCCGGCUGGCUACGGUCACAUUCUGAUGCGACGGUUGAAGAGGUCCAUGCGUGUGCGAUGGAGGUUUUCCCUGGCAAAGUACAACAUCAACGUGUUGUUCCAUGGCAGGUCUCGGCGCCCACUCUGCCUCGUCAGCUGCGUCCUCUUGGCAUUUCUGAGAUAUCAGGACGUGUUGCCACAUGUGAUGGCGUUUCUCAGCCAACAUCCUCAGUAUGCGUAUCUCGUGGAUCGAGCCACGGACCAGGCACUGAUACGCGUGUGGGCGACUGAUCUCACAGUGACUGGCUCUGAGAAGGAUCGUCGCUCCAGCAAGCUCAGAGGAGGUGCGAUUCAACUGUCGCUUGACCUCUCGCAGGCGUUUGAUCGCUUGGAGUGGCCGCUCAUCAGUGACUCGUUGAAGGAGGCUGGUGUGCCCAGCGACCUUUACCAUCUCAUCAUAAGCUGGCACCGGGAGAUGUAUUACCACAUUAAAGUCUCUGCGUCCUCUGCACGUGUGUCGGUUGGCAGGGGA